AUGGAGCAUGACUCACAUACCACCUGGGAAUUCAAUGGCUCCUUCUAUCAGCCUUCAGCUUUCCUCAUGAUGGGCAUCCCAGGCCUGGAAGCCCUUCACCACUGGAUCUCCAUCCCUUUCUGUGCACUGUACCUUAUUGCUCUCUUGGGAAACUGCGUGAUCCUAUUCAUCAUAAAGAAGACCCAAAGUCUUCACGAACCCAUGUACUACUUCCUCUCCAUGCUGGCGGUCACUGACCUGGGCUUGGUUCUAUGUACACUGCCUACUACUCUGGGCAUUUUUUGGUUUAAUAUGCGAAGGAUUGGGUUUGAUGCUUGCCUCACUCAGAUGUACUUCAUUCACAUACUGUCCUUCAUCGAGUCCUCUGUGCUCCUGGCAAUGGCAUUUGACCGCUUCAUUGCCAUCUCCCGUCCACUGAGACACUCGUCCAUACUGACCAAGACCACUGUCAUGAAAAUAGGUUUGGUGAUUAUAUUGAGAGGUAUGGUCUCCCUCCUUCCCAUACCUUUCUUGCUCAAGAGACUAACCUAUUGUGGGAAGAUCGAACUUUCUCACUCUUUUUGCUUCCAUCCUGACAUCAUGAACCUAGCCUGUACAGACAUAAAAGUCAAUGUCUUCUACGGUAUGAUUAUUCUUUUGUCAACGGUGGGGACGGACUUCAUCUUCAUUGUGCUGUCCUACAUCUUGAUCAUUAAAACUGUUAUCGGCCUUGCAACCAAGGAGGAGUGUCUAAAGGCCCUGAAUACAUGUGUCUCCCACAUCUGUGCUGUUCUGGUGUUCUUCAUCCCAAUGAUCGGACUGUCCAUGAUCCAUCGCUUUGGAAAGAAUGUUCCACCUCUGGUUAACACUUUGGUGGCCUACACCUACCUUAUCAUUCCUCCUGCUCUCAACCCCAUUAUCUACAGCAUAAAAUGCAGCCAGAUCCGUGAGGCUUUGCUCAGGGCACUGAGGAGGAAGACUGAGUCGGAGUGGUAG